CUGCUGAAUUGUUUACAAACACCCGUUCAGACUUAGGUCCAUGUGAAAAAAUUCAUGAUGAAAACCUUCGGAAACAGUAUGAGAAGAGCUCUCGUUUUAUGAAAGUUGGUUAUGAAAGAGAUUUCCUGAGAUAUUUACAGAGCUUACUUGCAGAAGUAGAGCGCAGAAUUCGACGGGGCCAUGCUCGAUUGGCACUAUCUCAAAACCAGCAGUCAUCUGGGGCCGCUGGACCUACUGGCAAAAAUGAAGAGAAGAUUCAAGUUCUAACUGACAAAAUUGAUGUACUUCUGCAACAGAUUGAAGAAUUGGGUUCUGAAGGAAAGGUGGAAGAGGCCCAAGGAAUGAUGAAACUUGUUGAACAGUUAAAAGAAGAGAGAGAAUUGCUUAGAUCCACAACGUCAACUAUUGAGAGUUUCGCAGCUCAAGAAAAACAAAUGGAAGUUUGUGAAGUGUGUGGAGCCUUUUUAAUAGUGGGAGAUGCUCAGUCCCGAGUAGAUGAUCACUUGAUGGGAAAACAACACAUGGGCUAUGCCAAAAUUAAAGCCACUGUAGAAGAAUUAAAAGAAAAGUUAAGAAAAAGAACCGAAGAACCCGAACGUGAUGAUCGUUUAAAAAAAGAAAAGCAAGAACGAGAAGAGAGAGAGAAAGAAAGAGAACGAGAAAGAGAAGAGAGGGAAAGAAAGAGACGAAGAGAAGAGGAAGAAAGGGAAAAAGAGAGAGUUCGUGACAGAGAAAGACGAAAGAGGAGUCGUUCACGAAGUAGGCACUCAAGCCGGACCUCUGACAGAAGAUGCAGUAGGUCCCGGGACCACAAAAGAUCAAGAAGUAGAGAAAGAAGGCGGAGCAGGAGUAGAGAUCGACGGAGAAGCAGAAGCCAUGAGAGAUCAGAAAGAAAACAUAGAUCUCGGAGUCGAGACCGAAGAAGAUCAAAAAGUCGAGAUAGAAAAUCAUAUAAGCAUAGAAGCAAAAGUCGGGACAGAGAGCAAGAUAGGAAAUCUAAGGAAAAAGACAAGAGAGGAUCUGAUGAUAAAAAAAGUAGUGUGAAGUCCAGUAGUCGAGAAAAACAGAGUGAAGAUCCAAAUACUGAAUCCAAGGAAAGUGAUGCUAAGAAUGAGGUCAAUGGGACCAGUGAAGACAUUAAAUCUGAAGUGCAGCGUAAGUAUGCACAGAUGAAGAUGGAACUAAGCCGAGUAAGAAGACAUACAAAAGCAUCUUCUGAAGGAAAAGACAGUGUAGUCCUGCAAAACAUUUUGAGGAUUAUGAUCUGAAGACUUUCAGAAGAAUUCUGAAGACAGCGUAAAGUGAAGACCAACUUUAAAAUGAGGUGAAAGAAAGCUGUAGUGGCGUAGAAAAAGUAUAAAGCUCAGUUAGAAUUUUUUUUUUAUUAAAAAUAAAUUCAGGACUUGAUGUGACCUCCCAGAGUUCAGAACAUGUGUUAAUAGCUUAUAUGCCACUGAGAAUUUAGGUCCUGUAUCAUAUUUUCUUUUCUUUAAUAAGACUUUUAAAGAUAAACAUUACCUAAACACGUGACUUGCUCAGUGCUUAAUUGCAAGUUUUCAUUUUUGGACUUUGAAAACAGGAAUAAAUGUUAGUAUUUGUGUGAAUCAAACUAAACUGAAUCCCAUUUUUACAACUGCUAUACCUAGCUUCUUGAUAUAGAAGUGAAAAUAAAGUACCUUUGAACUUUCUGUUACAAA